GGAAGUGCCCAAGAGGUCAUCGGUGUUCAAGAUGGCGGCCCUCAGUGUGCUGGUGUCCGGUUGUGGGCGGCUGUUCCGAGGGCUCCUGCCACGUCCCGCCGCGACCAGCUGUGCUCGGCCUCCAGAUCGCGGGUACAGGGAAGUGGUGGAGAUCCAAGAAGGGAAGACAACUAUAAUCGAAGGCCGUAUCACAGAGACUCCCCAGGAAAGUCUAAAUCCUCCUAACCCCUCUGGCCAGUGCCCCAUCUGCAGGUGGAACCUGAAGCACAAGUAUAGCUAUGAGGAUGUUCUGCUGCUCAGUCAGUUCAUCCGGCCUCAUGGAGGCAUGCUACCCCGAAAGAUCACAGGCCUGUGCCAGGAAGAACACCGCAAGAUUGAGGAGUGUGUGAAGAUGGCCCACCGAGCAGGUCUGUUGCCAAAUCACAAGCCUCCGCUUCCUGAAGGAUUUGUUCCAAAAAGAAAACCCCAACUUAACCGGUACCUGACCCGCUGGUCCCCCCGCUCCGUCAGGCCCAUCUACAAUAAAGGCCACCGCUGGAAUAAGGUGCGAAUGGCUGUGGGAUCACCCCUCCUGAAAGACAACGUCUGCUACUCCAGAAGACCUUUGGUGUUAUAUCACUGACUGAGCAGGGCUUCCUGAGAACCUGGCUAGACAGCCUCCUGCUCUCUCACCCCUUUCUACCAGGGUGGCCCAGCUCCUCCAACAUGAACAGCACAAGUGGCAGUGAGACCACCUCCAGUGCCCUUGGCCUGCCAACAGCUGGGGGCACGUGGUUCAGUUGGGUUCCUUGGCAUCUGUGAGACUGGCUGGGGCCACGCUCUGUGCUAGGGGACAGGAGUUUUCCUGAAACGAAUGUCAUAAACCAGGCUCAUGUCUCA